AUGGCAAAUUUAGUAGCUAAGAUAGAAGAACUUUUGGUAUAUGAUUCAUUAGACGCUCUUUGCGGGGCGUCUGUAGUUUAUUUAACAAUAGAGGAAAAUGUCUUACUUCCAUAUAAUAAAGUACGAGAGUUAGUCGACCGGGCAGUCAAUUCAUCUUUGACGAAAAUAGAUGAUCUUGAGCGAAAGACUAAGGUGUUAGAAAUUUUACCGCAGAUGGAAAAUGGAUAUAGAAACAUCGUCGGUUUAAAAGCGAUAAAGGCGCUAAAUACCCCUCAAGAAUCAUCUCUAGAUUAUACGCGAGAAGAAAUAGAUCAAAAUAUCAGGGCAUUAAAAUCGAAGCUUAGUUCUCCAUUAACAGAGCCAGAUGCAUCUCUUUAUGAUAGUAUCAAAAAAAAUUUAGAAAGUAUCGAAUCUGAUCUUACAUGGCGUGAUCCAGAGGCGAGCACAGUUCUUAGUGAUGAAUCUCCAUUAGUGCAAAACUUGAAAACAAGACAGAAGCGUCAUUUUUUGGAACCGCGUGAGAGAAUGAAAUGUGAGCUUCCUAAAGAAAUUAUUUCCAAGUGUGAGGAGUUUACAAAUAAUUUUCGCAGGGGGUAUACUCCUAAUAAUUUUAACAACAUCAUACAUGACAAAACGUGGAAAGAGACUGGUCCUGAUUUGGAAAAAAGAACGGAAUGGAUACUUAGUGUACUUGCGGAAAUUUGGAAUAACCCAGCAUUUACAACCAGCGAAUCUCGUAGUAAGCAAAGUGAAGGUACCUACGUCACAGAUGUAAUAGUACCACUACUUCGAGCCACAUUAGGGGAUUUACCAAACGGACAUAUUUGCUUAAGCACGGCUGAAUGGCAGAGCUUAGCAAGUAAAGCUCGCAAAAAUGCUGGGACGGAUAAAGAACGUAUAGGGAAGAAACCCGACAUUAUGGUACUAGACCAAUAUGUGGAUAAAAUAAUUGAGCUUACAUAUGUUGAAUGUUCACGUAUUGUAUGUAGUACUACAAAAAAAGCAAAUGACGAAGUGAAGCUGUGGAGAGAAACCUUAGAUGGUGCGAGUUUUGUAAAUAUUGCAUGUAGGCCAACUAGUAACCAAUUUGGAAUUGUCGGUAUUCAGGUUGCUGGUGCGACCAUAUAUUUGAAUGUUCUGAUGAAUGAUGCGAGCGGAAUUCCGAGGUAUUUUCACCUUAAUCAUGCUGAUAUUCCUUUGGAUUUUAAUUCACCAAAACGUGUCAAAUCUCUUAAUAUCCUAAUUGUGAAUAAAAGUUUACUUGCACGAGCAUUGGAACAAGCAAUUUCAAAUCCACCUCGAAAUGUCCAUUCAAGCCCAACUGUUUCCACACCACCAUAUAAUAAUUAA